GCCCUGUCUUAUUCAGUCAAACCCUAGAGGAAAAGGGGUAGAGAGAAUGGUUUUGUGUUUUUUGCUAGUUAACCUCGGAGACCAGAGGCUCAGGCUGGGGAUGGUGCUGCUUCUUGGAUAUCAGCCACGUAUACACACACAGAGGAGCUGAGAGAGGCCCCUUGGCAACAACCCAGAGUGGCAUCCAGGACCCACUGAGCCCUCAGGUUGCCUGGCAGCAACUGAGAAACUUUGUUAUUUGCCUUUCUGGGCACAUUCAUCAAGAGGAAUUUGGGGGCAUGCAGAAGUCUCCCUGCCUCUGAGAACAAUCUUCGUCCUUUGCUGCUCCGUGUAAAGGCUUCACAGUGAGAUACUCCAACUGCUGGAGGGAGGGGGAUGCACCAGGCUAAUUCUACUUUUCCCUCUGGUGGCAUAUCCUACCCAGACCAGACUCCAGAGCCAGACACACCCCUGCCAGUUGAAGGUGAGAUUGAAGAUAAUCAGCUCCCCCUAUCCCCUGCAGAACCAGAGGAGCAAGGAUGGAGCCAGGAAACGGACCACGAUGACUUUGAGACUCUGUCCCACCAGAGUGAAAGUCGAUCAGACACAAAAACCGACCCCUUCGAAAGUGCCUCUGACACAGAGUCCCUGCCCCCUGACCUCACAGCCGGAAUCUUCUUCCCUUCAAGUGGUGUCUCUGUUGACAGAGAAGCAGGUUGGCGGUGUCCUGAUGUCCCAGCAACUAGAUCUCUUCAGGAGCAACAUUCGACUUGCGUCUUUGAGCUUGAUGCAAAGAAAGAACUAGAUUUGUCCCCUGGCUUAAAGGAAGAAUCUUACAAAAAUGAGGUGCACACCUUGGCCAUAGUUGCUGGGGACAAGGAGGAAAAACCCCUCUGGGACUGUGUGACCAGUCUGGACCAAGAGUUUUUGCUGGCAGAGUGCUGCUUGCAAGGUGUCACUGACAACAGCAGUCCCCAACCUGUACAGAGUGUGACUAUUCAAAACUGUUGGGAGCCCCCUGUUGCUUCUCAGAAAUCCAGGUCUGAGAGCUAUCUGGACAUCCCUACGAUCUGGCCCUACUUUGUCCAGUACUGUGAACUAGGUAGGAGCUGGCCACAUAUCCAGAGCAGGGCCAGGGUACCUGUGCUACCUCAUAUAGGCCCACUGGACAACACAAUCCCCCUUGGGGUCAGGAUAAAGAACGGAAGUACUUCGGGCCCCAAAGUGGAUGCAGAGUUGCUCUGGGCCCAGCCCUACUUGAAUGCCUCCUGCCAGCCUUCUUUGGGGACAUCUUUCCCCUUAAAUGCCAAGCAUCACCAAAGUGCCCCAGAAGAUAUUGGUGAUAAGGGCAGGGCAUCCACAGGGCACUGGGGUCAGCACAUGAGCACACUGGUCAAGGCCCAUUCCAUAGAAAGGUUUCCCUUAAGUUACGCUGGGGAUCCUGUGAGGCGGAACUAUGUAAAGGUUGGGACCCAUCUGAAGGAAGGGACAGAACCAGAAGAAGACUCAAGGACACAAAACACCCUUUCCCCUGCCCCCACCCAGCUAUCUGAUUUACUUCCAGCUUCUCAAAGCAAUUUGCAGGAUCAUAACAGAUCCAGUGGUUAUAGCUUGAAAAGGGCUUCUCAGGAUACACCAUCUGCAGGUCUCCCACAGGAAAACCAGUUGGGACAGGAUGCUAGGUUAUGCCCAGCCAGUUCAUGCCUCACUUCAGAAUUGGUGAAGCUUGGCAGCCAAGAGGAAGGGCCUGGGCCCACUGAGUACAAGCUGGGACACAGCCCAGAAAGCAGACUUGAGGAACCCCAAGGCACUCGCUCCACGCCAAGCCCUGCUGACGUGAGCAAUAAACAAAAACACCUGCAGGACAUUUUGGUACAGGCAGGAAACCAAACCAGUAAUUACACAUCAAAGUCUGUUCUCAGUGAGAAAAGACUGCCAACUAGAGCCAACUCCCCACCUCACUGUAGCAGUGGUGGGACACAGGUGUGGAAUAGACACUUUCUGGGCUCCUGGGAAGGGAGUGCUAGCUCAGAUGCCCCACAGACCACCCUGAAAUCAAGUGCAAUAGACAUUGCAAAAGAGGCCCAAGAGGUGAUGAUUCUAGACAUCAAAUGCAAGAAAAAUGACUUGCAGGGUAGUUCCGAAUUCCCAGAAGCCACUGUGUCUCACUGCGACCCUGAAGAUGAGGAGUGUGACCAAGGGCUGGAGGAUGGCCCCAGGCACCUACAGGAGGAACCUCAAACAGGAGUAGACUCUAGGGAUAGGGGCACCCUUAUCAUUAUAGCUGUGGAGCAGAAAGGUCAGCAGGCCACCAGGAGGAAAGAGGGCCUGCUUCCUGAAUCACAUACCCUUGAUGUUCUAGAAAACAGAGUAGAAUUUUCCCUAAAUGCUGGCACGACCCCCUGUGAGCCUCCCAGGGGCUGGAAAACACCAAUUUGCCAUAAUGAGUGUGACUUGCCAGCAGUUUCCACAUCAGCAACCAGUGAUAGAGCUCUUCAACAUCUGGCUCAAGGCUCAGAGGUUGGGAGAGUUUUGAUCUCCAGAGCUGAUCCGGUAGAGACAGAAUCUCCAGAAGAGAAUCUGUCUGGGAAGAGCCCAAUCACUGGACAUGGGGGCUCCCACCACCUCAUGGUCGUCCAGCCUACAAGGAGCCAGGGACCACCAAGCCCGGAACUUAAGCAAGAGGAGCCCAGAGAGAAGGUUUUGGAGAGCAUGGCAGUCUUCACAGAAGGGGACCUGGAGGCCGCUGGAGAUGUGGAGAAGUGUCCCUGUUCCCAGGCCUCCAGCUGCACCCCAGGGCUCCAGCGUCCUGAACCGCCCCGCCGCCGGCUCCGCAAGAUCUCUCAGGAACCCGCGAAACGCCUGACGUUUCUCAAGGUGAGCUCUUUCAGGAAAGGCAAGACCUUGGCUACAGAGAGCCCUGGAAAGGCCAUACCAGGUGCCCUGGCCCUGACUAUGGAAAGCCAGACCAGGGAUUCUUUAGCCACAGAGGAACUGCAGGCUGAGACUACUGCAGAUGCUCCCAGUUGGGCUGCAACACCUCCGCGCCAUGUGGGUAUUUCCACUUCUCCUGAGACCAUCCUCCUGCGCGGAAGCGAAGGGGCCGCAGGGGCCGCAGAGCUAGGAGAAGCGAGACCUGUGGGGACACCAGGCGACCUUUGUAACAGACCUUCUUCAGAAAGCUGCAACACAAAGAGACUCAAGACACCAGAGCGAACACUCAGAGCGAGGCUGGCCUUAGCUCAUAAGACCUUUUCGAGUUUUUUCGAGUCAAAAGUUUUAGACAAAGAGAAUGCCGAAGAGUGUUCUCCGGGUUCUCUCAAGGGCGAAAAGGAAAAGAGCAGGCCACGCCAGCCCUCCUGGCUUGCAUUUCUGAAAAGCAAAGACGUGGAAGGCCCCAAAAGGUCAUCCUUGGUCAGUGUGCUUCCAGGACCAGAAACCCUGGAUCCCAUCUGCCCUUCCCCACCAGUGACCAGCAGCCACUGUGAGGAGUGGACAGAGGACACAGAAAUCUAUGUUUUUAGGGAUCGCUGGACCCCCUCACAUCCCACGGCACCUUUGUCACCCAGCAAUUUAGUCUCCCCAGAACACAGGAGGAAAAGUGAACCAACCAUCAAAUGCACAGUCCCCCAGGAAGGCAGCAGGUACCUCCCUUCCAGUAUCUUCCCUGAAGAGUCCUGGCUUUCAUGUCCCCCAAGCCCUGGAGCCCAGCAGGUGGGCAUCGGCCACACCCUUCCCUGCAACUCUGCCUGUUGCUUGGCCUAUGAAAACCAAGGCAUGCCCUGCAGACCCAUGAGCCCCAAGCCCCGGAGUCCUAGGCCCGGUGCGCAAAGGGCCAAUCUCCGCUAUCCCGGCAGAACUAGCGCCAUCUCCAUGGUUUCCCUUGGAAACUACAGUGAAGUGGACAGCUAUUCAGAGACUCCUGAAAGGCCUAGGACUCCCAAGACCCGGAAAAGCCUCCUACUUUCCCUGCAGACACUAAACCAGGAUGACCAGAAGGAAGAGAGUGGGAGAAGAAGCCAGCAUCACCAUGGCCUGGGCACAGCACCGUCCCUCAGAGACCUUCCUGGGAGUGAGAAUCACAUGUCAUGGGAAGAACCAGCAGGUGAGAAGCUCAGUUAUUCUCCUGGUCAGAAAGCUUUUCACGUGGAGCCAGCUCAGAGGCCAUUCUUCACCACUGAGAUGGUGACAUGGACCCUCCCCUCCAUCUCUGUAGAGGAUAUCCUCAGGGAGACCUUUUCACAGCCCAGAAGGGUUGCAAAGCACUCACACAUCAGUUUAGAUGACCUAUGGCUGGAGAAGACACAGAGAAAGAAGCUGGAGAAGCAGAUACAGGCUAGAAGGAAGACAUGCACAGGAAUAGCGCACCCAGACAAAGUCCAGUGUUGGAGGAAGACAAUUAUCACCUCUCCAGAGUCUCUGCAUCUCCCUAGAAGAAGCCAUCUGCUCUCCCAGAGUGCCCCAAUGGGACUGAACCACCUGGGUUGGCCAGAGCAUAUACCUGACACCGUGCUGGGACUGAACCUGGGCCUUAAGCAUGCCAUGCCGGAUGGAGUUCUGGACACGACUGUCCGCGCUGAGGAGGCGGGGAGUGAGGAGGACCUGUAUGAAGACCUGCACAGCUCUGGCCACCACUACAGCCACCCUGGAGGGGGCGGCGAGCAGCUGGCCAUCAACGAGCUCAUCAGUGAUGGCAGUGUGGUCUGUGCUGAAGCACUCUGGGACCAUGUCACCAUGGACGACCAGGAACUGGGCUUCAAAGCUGGGGACGUCAUCGAAGUGAUGGAUGCCACCAACAGAGAGUGGUGGUGGGGCCGCGUUGCCGACGGCGAGGGGUGGUUUCCAGCCAGCUUUGUGCGGCUACGGGUGAACCAGGAUGAGCCCACAGAUGAGGAGGCCCCACAGACUGGCGACGGCAAGGCUGAAGAUGGUGGGACAGAGGCACAGAGCAGCAAAGACCAGAUGCGGACAAACGUCAUCAACGAGAUUCUCAGCACCGAGCGGGACUACAUCAAGCACUUGCGUGACAUCUGUGAGGGCUACAUCAGGCAGUGCCGCAAGCGUGCAGACAUGUUCAGUGAGGAGCAGCUGCGCACCAUCUUUGGGAACAUCGAGGACAUCUACCGCUGCCAGAAGGCAUUUGUGAAGGCCCUGGAGCAGAAAUUCAAUAGGGAGUGCCCACACCUAAGCGAGCUGGGCGCCUGCUUCUUGGAGCACCAAGCAGACUUCCAGAUCUACUCCGAGUACUGCAACAACCACCCCAACGCCUGCGUGGAGCUGUCCCGGCUCACCAAACUCAGCAAAUAUGUGUACUUCUUUGAGGCCUGCCGGCUGCUACAAAAGAUGAUCGACAUCUCCCUGGAUGGCUUCUUGCUGACUCCAGUGCAGAAGAUCUGCAAGUAUCCACUGCAGCUGGCUGAGCUGCUCAAGUACACCCACCCUCAGCACAGGGACUUCAAGGAUGUGGAAGCUGCUCUGCAUGCCAUGAGGAAUGUGGCCCAGCUCAUCAACGAGCGGAAACGGAGACUUGAAAACAUCGACAAGAUUGCUCAGUGGCAGAGCUCCAUAGAGGACUGGGAGGGGGAAGAUCUUUUGGUCCGAAGCUCAGAACUCAUCUACUCGGGGGAGCUGACUCGUGUUACACAGCCCCAAGCCAAGAGCCAGCAGAGAAUGUUUUUUCUCUUCGACCACCAGCUCAUCUACUGUAAGAAGGACCUGCUUCGCCGGGACGUGCUAUACUACAAGGGCCGGCUGGACAUGGAUGGCCUGGAGGUGGUGGACCUGGAGGAUGGGAAAGACAGAGACCUCCACGUGAGCAUCAAGAACGCCUUCCGGCUGCACUGCAAUGCCUCAGGGGUCAGCCACCUACUAUGUGCCAGGAAGCCUGAGCAGAAGCAGCGCUGGCUCAAGGCCUUUGCCAGGGAGAGGGAGCAGGUGCGGCUGGACCAGGAGACAGGCUUCUCCAUCACUGAACUACAGAGAAAGCAGGCCAUGCUGAAUGCCAGCAAGCAGCAAGCCACAGGGAAGCCCAAAGCCGUAGGCCGGCCCUGUUAUCUGACACGCCAGAAGCACCCAUUACUGCCUGCCAGUCGGCCCCAACAGCAGGUCUUGGUGCUGGCAGAGCCCAGGCGGAAGCCGUCCACCUUCUGGCACAGCAUUAGCCGGCUGGCACCCUUCCGCAAGUGAGCCAGUACCCACCUGACAGCACUUUGUGGACCUGCCCAUCCUCAGCCCCCAGCUUUUCCUCCUUGAGGACCACUCCAUCUGGCCAUCCUUCUCUGCCUGUCUUGCAAACUGGAAGUGUGCAGGUGUUGGUGCCCCCAGGGCACACCAGGUUUGUGCUCCCAUGCUUGGUUUCUUCCCUGCUGCUGGUGAAUGAAGUGACCAGCUGGGAGAGGCAGGGCCCUGGCACAUACAAGCCCCUCCUGCAGCCUGACCUCUGACCCUCUCCCCUUCUGUCCACACUAUGGACCUGUGUGAGGCCUUCACUAACCAGGAGCCGGGAAGCCACCGCUCAGAACCACUUACCAGGCCGGGGUGCAGAAGGCACUAGCUGCUUUGGACCCGCUUCUUUGGAAAUCUAAUCAUCCCCACUCCUGUUUCCUCCAGGCAGGAGAGACCUACUCUAUGGCCAGUGGCCACCUACAAAGCUGGGCUGUGUCCCUUCAGGCCACUUGCAACCUUGGAGUACAGGAACCAGAAAUUCUCUACCCAAAUAUCUGGCCCAGACCUGCCCUUUUACCUCCCAGCCCCUCUAGACAUUGUUGGUCACCCUCUUCACUCGUGAUGUUGUGUAGUGGGAAGAACAAAACCAUAUAGUCAGCCACAUACUUUGGUCGGGGUUUUGUGACCAUUCCAUCUGUAGCUGUGGGGUUGCUGCAGAACCACCUGGUUCCUGUUUUUGUUGGGGUUUUGUCCUCUUGUUUUUCUAACAAUGAAGAAAAACAGUUAAUUGUUGUGACACAGAAAGAUUGCCUUACCCUAGUGAGCGUGAGAAGCCAUAAGGACUGAAUUCUGGGGCCAACAGCAUCCAGACUGACCCGACCACUCCAGGCAAUGGACAUGUGGCGAGGGCACCCACAUCCUGCCCAAGGGCGCCAGGAGCACAGCCAGGCCUGGCAUGUCAGUGUGGAACCCUACAGGAUUCAGCAGCAUGGACAGUCACUCUUGCACUAUACCUUCUCCAAGCCAGAAGCCACAUUUAAUUUCAUAAAGAAACUUGUGAAAAGUAA